CUGAGCGGCAGCCAGAGCUUGGUUCGCAGCGCGGCGGCUGGGUCCUCUGGACGAUCGGACCGCCGCUGGAAUUCCGCAUCCACUCCCGCUGCCGUCGCUGUCACGCCCUCGGAGAUGCCGCAGCUGGUCUUCCCCGGCCCCCCGUUGGCCACCAACAGCGAGUGUGACUGCACGCCCCCCAGCAGGCGGGCGUCCCUCGGCUCACCCCUGAGCCAGCCGCUGUGCCAGCCGCAGCCCGAGAAGCACGGGCCCCAGGCGGCCCGGGAGGUGCGCUACGUGGCGACGGGGCGGCCGGACGAGGCCUGCGGCUGGCGGGCCUUCGCGCCCACGUGCCUGCAGGCCUUCAACACACCCCGGGGUUUCCUGCUAUUCCUGUGCGCGGCCUCCUUCCUGCAGGGCAUGACCGUGAACGGCUUCAUCAACACCGUCAUCACCUCCAUCGAGCGGCGCUACGACCUGCACAGCUACCACAGCGGCCUCAUCGCCAGCGCCUACGACGUGGCCGCCUGCCUCUGCCUCACCUUCGUGGGCUACUUCGGGGGCCGCGGCCACAAGCCCCGCUGGCUGGGCUGGGGCGUGCUGGUCAUGGGGGCUGGCUCGCUGGUCUUCUCGCUGCCCCACUUCACCACCGGCCCCUACGAGGUGCAGGUGGACGAGGCCGUCGGAACGUGCCGGGCCAACCGCAGCGCAACCUGCGGGGGCCACGCCUCUGGCCUGUCCAGCUACCAGCUGGUCUUCAUGCUGGGCCAGUUCCUACACGGCGUGGGCGCCACCCCGCUCUACACGCUGGGCGUCACCUACCUGGACGAGAAUGUCAAGUCCAGCUACUCGCCUGUCUACAUCGCCAUCUUCUACACCGCGGCCAUCCUCGGCCCCGCAGCCGGCUACCUGGUCGGAGGUGCCCUGCUGAAUAUUUACACUGAAAUAGGCCAGCGGACGGAGCUGACCACCGAGAGCCCGCUGUGGGUCGGCGCCUGGUGGGUGGGCUUCCUGGGCACUGGAGUGGCCGCCUUCCUCAUCGCUGUGCCCAUCCUUGGCUACCCGCGGCAGCUGCCAGGCUCCCAGCGCUACAUGGUCAUGAGAGCAUCUGACACACACCAGUUAAAGGACAGCAGCCACAGGGUGACCAGCAACCCCGACUUCGGGAAGACCAUUAGAGACCUGCCUCUCUCCAUCUGGCUCCUCCUGAAGAACCCCACGUUCAUCCUGCUCUGCCUGGCCGGGGCCACAGAGGCCACGCUCAUCGCUGGCAUGUCCACGUUUGGCCCCAAGUUCCUCGAGUCCCAGUUCAGCCUCAGUGCCUCGGAAGCUGCCACCUUGUUUGGGUACCUGGUGGUGCCGGCGGGCGGCGGAGGCACGUUCCUGGGCGGCUUCUUUGUGAGCAGGUGCAAGCUCCGAGGCUCGGGCAUCAUCCGGUUCUGCCUGCUCUGCAGCCUGACCAGCAUGCUGGCCUUCCUCGUCUUCUUCAUGCACUGCCCCAACGUGCCCAUGGCGGGCGUGACCGCCAGCUACAACGGGAGCCUCCUGCCCGAAGGCCACCUGGGGCUGACAGAUGCCUGCAACGCCGCCUGCGGCUGCCAGCCAGAGCACUACAGCCCCGUGUGUGGCCCCGACGGCCUCAUGUACUACUCGCCCUGCCACGCGGGGUGCCCGGAGGCGGCCUCGCCUGGCCCCGGUGGCCAGAAGGUGUACCGAGACUGUAGCUGUGUCCCUCAGAAUUUUUCCUCUGGUUUUGGCCAUGCUACCGCAGGGAAAUGCACUUCAACUUGUCAAAGAAAACCCCUCCUUCUGCUUUUCAUAUUCGUUGUAAUUAUCUUUACCUUCCUCAGCAGCAUCCCUGCACUAACGGCAACGUUACGGUGUGUCUGUGACCAGCAGCGAUCCUUUGCGCUAGGAAUCCAGUGGAUCGUGGUUAGAACUCUAGGGGGCAUCCCGGGCCCCAUCGCCUUCGGCUGGGUGAUCGACAAGGCAUGCCUGCUCUGGCAGACGCAGUGCGGCCAGCAGGGCUCCUGCUUCGUGUACCAGAACUCGGCCAUGAGCCAGUACCUGCUUAUCGCAGGGCUGGCGUACAAGGGUCCCUCGGCCAGAGCAGCAGGCUGGACCCCGGGACGGCUGUCUGCCCAGAUAGUCCCCCCGCGGCCUCGGCACAGGGGUCCUGGGCUUCGUCUUCUUCACCACUGCCUGCUUCCUGUACAAGCCCCUGUCGGGAUCUUCGGACGGCCUGGAGGCUUCUCUGCCCAGCCAGUCCUCAGCCUCCGACAACCCCACGGACCUUCAGGAAGCCCCCUCAGCCCUCCAGAUCCAGAGCGACAUCUGACAGCCCACCCGCCUGCCCGGGGGCACGGGCCUGCCGCGACACUUCCUAGGAACACUAUCUAGUUUCUCCCCGGAAGGGGUGACCCCUCCCUGAUUGAUCCCCGGCACUGAGGACCCUGCAAAACUCUGCCACUGGGUCUGGGGGGACUGAGCCUCAAAGGCACCGAGGAGAACGAACGCAAGACGUCCGAACGGACGCCCCUGCCCCAGCCCCCCAGACCUCGCCAGAGAGAGUGGGGUGACCGGCUCUUGGCUCGGACGGAGCGGCCCACUUCCCGGCCGGAUGCGGGGCUGCCUCCCUCUGGUCCGCUCACACUCUGGCCCUCUCCCACGGACUUAGCCAAAUAGCAUCCCCUGGGGCCUCAGGGUCCCUCGGAAACACGGACAGCUGUGCUUCCAGAGCAACGUGUGCGAUACCUACGUAACUCCGUCAGUAGUUACGAAAAGUGCGAAACCACCUGUGGACUUCGGGGAGACACUUCUGGCAUCCCUUGAUCUCUCCUUUGAAUGACGGAUGUGGAGCUGGUGGCUGCCCGGCGGUUUACAAGCUCUCUUCUCUCUGGAGACGUUAAGGCCGGUGAUGCUGGCGCUGUUGGAGCUGCUCCGUGGAAGGGACAAAGCACCCACCCCCGUGGGUGAGCCGGAGCUGGCGGUGCUUCUGCGCGGGUCCACACCAUCCUGUGCGCGGCCUGGCCCUGACUUCCUGUGUUUCUCCUGAUGCAGAGGAGGCCGGCGGGCUGCCAUCCCCGGGGCGCAUCCACGUGGACCCCUCUCCUGCGUGUGUUCUGAACCUGCCGUCACCUCCUGUCCUUGGGGCCACAGCGCUGCAGCAGGACGGGAGCGACUUGCAUAAGGAUGUGUUUAUGGAUGCGUAUUUUGCAUAAACACCUAUUUAUAGAAUUUGUUUUUUACCUGACGGUGUGCUAAGCACUUGUGAAUUCUACCCGGAGGGCGUCGGGACUUGCGUGGAAUGUCUAUUGUGGGUGAUCUCAGUUAAAAC